AUGGAGAGAAGCAAUCACACAGCGAUGGAGUUCAUCCUGGUGGGUUUCACCACAGACCCAACGAUGCAGCUGGUCCUGUUUGGGGUAUUCCUUGGUGUGUACUCUCUGACUGUGGUAGGAAAUACCUCCCUCGUGGUGUUGAUCUGUAAAGACUCCCGGCUACACACACCUAUGUAUUUUUUCAUUGGGAAUCUAUCUUUUCUGGAUCUCUGGUAUUCCACUGUCUACACCCCAAAGAUCCUCAUGACCUGCAUCUCUGAAGACAAAAGCAUCUCCUUUGCUGGCUGUGUAUGUCAGUUCUUCUUCUCUGCUGGGCUGGCAUACAGUGAGUGUUACCUGUUGGCUGCCAUGGCUUAUGACCGCUACAUGGCCAUCUCAAAGCCAUUGCUUUAUUCUCAGGCUAUGUCCGUAAAGCUAUGUGCAUCUUUGGUAGCAUCUUCAUACCUUGGUGGCUUUAUUAACUCUUCUAUUAUCACCAAAAGAACUUUUGCCUUGAACUUCUGUAGUGGCAAUGUCAUUGAUGACUUUUUUUGUGAUUUGCUUCCCCUGGUGAAGUUGGCUUGUGGCAAAAAAGAUGGCUACCAGACUGUGCUCUACUUCCUCCUGGCCUCCAAUGUCAUCACCCCCACAGUGCUCAUCCUCGCUUCCUACCUGUUCAUCAUUGCCACCAUCUUGAGGAUCCGUUCCACCCAGGGCCGCCUCAAAGCUUUCUCCACCUGUUCCUCCCACCUGAUCUCUGUCACCUUGUACUAUGGCUCCAUUCUCUACAUCUAUUCUCGUCCCCAGUCUAGCUAUUCUUUGGACAGGGACAAAAUAGUUUCUACAUUUUACACUGUGGUGUUCCCCAUGUUGAACCCCAUGAUCUAUAGCCUGAGAAAUAAGGAUGUGAAAGAGGCUCUGGAUAAACUCAUUAAAUAA